AUGUCGCAAACUGUCGGCAAGACUCGUCUUGCAUACUCUCGCACCUGGCACUACAUCAAUGUCGGCACCGACCCCCGGCCCCUUGGGCGUAUCGCGUCUUCCAUCGCAACAGUUCUGAUGGGAAAGAACAAACCAAUUUGGGACCCAUCUACCGAUUGCGGCGACUAUGUGGUGGCUGUAGGCUGCUCGGAUUUACAUACAACUGGCAAUAAGCGUCAGCAGAAACUCUACUACACACACAACACGCGUCCAGGCUCAUUAAAAUCAAUGUCGAUGGACCGUAUGUUCGAGAAAUGGGGCGGCGGCGAGGUGCUGAAGAAGGCGGUUAGUGGAAUGCUACCAAAGAAUCGACUACGAGAUAAAAGGCUGGCAAGGCUAAAGUUAUUUGAGGGCCAGGACCAUCCUUACCGGAAGAACAUUGUGAGAUUCGCCGGACGCGUUUAUCGAAAUGGAGUACCAGCGCCGGAAGGCAAGGUGGUCCAGGCUUUGAGGGAGACGGGACAAGAAGAGAUCGCAGCGCCAAAGACUGAGGCGUGA